AUGUCGACGUCGACGCCUUCGCCGACGCCGCGGUCGACGCCGACGCCGGGGGCGAAUAAGGGCCCGAUCGGAUGGACGUCCUUGGCCCUCGUCUCGCUCACGGGCGCCGGAUUGCUGUAUUACUACGACGGCGAGCGACACCGGAGGCUGGACGCGCGCAAGGCGGAGGCGAAUCAGGCGACGAACGGGUUCCAAACCGUCGUCGCGGGAGGGAAAGCGGCGGUGGGUGGGGCGUUUACGCUCGUCAACGCCGCGAAUGGGAAGGCGUUCACGGAUGAGAAUCUCAGAGGGCGGUUCGCGAUCCUAUACUUUGGCUUCACGCACUGCCCGGACGUGUGCCCGGAUGAGUUGGAAAAAGUAGCCGCCGUCGUGGACGACGUCGACGCGCGGUUGAGAGAGGCGAAAGAGCACGUCGAUGGUGACGAUACGUUGACCGUCCAACCGGUGUUCAUCACGAUCGAUCCGUAUCGGGACGACAAGAGACGCGUCGCCGAGUACGUCAAGGAGUUCCAUCCAAAGAUGAUUGGCUUGACGGGGACCGAAAAGCAAACCGCCGACGCGGCGAGAAAGUAUCGCGUGUACUUCCGAAAGACUGGUGACGAAAAGGCGAAAUCCGACUAUCUGGUCGACCAUUCCAUCAUCACCUACCUCGUCGAUCCGAACGGGGACUUUGUCACGUUUUACGGCAAGAACACGACGGAGAAGGAAGUCGCCGACUCGAUUUUGGGUCACGUCCGCGCGUUCAGGAGCGCGGCGCGCGGAGAAAAGUAG